AUGCAGCGCCGCGGGCCCGCCUCCGUGUUACUGCUGCCCCCGCUGCUGGCGCUGCUGGCGGGGGCAGCUACCGCAGCUCCCCUGGCGCCCAGACCCUCCAAGGAGCUGACCCGCUGUCUGGCAGAGGUGGUCACAGAGGUGCUGACGCUGGGCCAGCCCCAGAGAGGACCCUGCAUUGCUCUCCUCCACAGAGAGAGGUGCCAGACAGAGCCCUACAGCUGUGCAUCCGCAGACGAGAAAAGUCUGCUGGGUGGGGAUUUCAAGAAGUGGGAGGCUGGGAAGACAAGGUCGAGCCAGGAGGUGAGGGGUAAGGAAGAAGAGGAGGCAGCAGAGAGGACCCACAAGUCUGAGGUCCAGGAACAGGCCGUCCGUGAGCAGCUCCACAGCCUGCUCCACCAGGAGGCCGAGGAGGAGGAGGAGGAGGAGGAGAAGAGGAGGGGGCCCAUGGAGGCGUUCGAGGACAUGUGGAAGCAGCGUCUGGAGAAUGGAGGGGGCCCCCAGAAGCGGGUGGCAGAGAAGGCCAGUGAUGAGGAGACAGCCCAGUUCAAGGCAGAGGAGAAGGGGGUGCAGGUAGUAGGCGGGGGCCGCAGCCUGUGGCAGGGGGCAGAGAGAGGCAGCGGGGAGAGGCACGAGGACUCGCUGCAUCGUCACCCCCACCCAGCAGCCGAGCCCGGGGAGAAGGAAGAGGCUGCAGAGAGGAAGGAACAUGAGUUGGAGCAGCUGAAGCACAUGAGGGAUGAGCUGAAAAAGGCGACAGAGAUGCUAGGGGAAGAACUCAGGAAGGAGGGCUGA